AAGGCUGAUCCAAACUCGGAGCAAUGGAAGACAUACUUGAGGGAAAUUGACCGGAUAGUGGCUAUCAAGAUGAAAGACUGCAUGAUGUAUCCUACAUGUUCUUCUACGACAACACCGACCCGUCGAAGAGUAUUCACCCGUUAUUUGAAGUUAAACUGGAGUUCCACGAUAUGGAGAGUAGGUUCCAGCCUCGUCUAGAAAAGUAUUCUCGAAUCAAGACUUCCGAUGCGCAAAGGAAAAGCGCCGCUGUUGCUCGGACUAAUAAUCAGCCGAAUGCUGCUGGCGACGUGAAAAAGGAAGUGAUGUUUUCCGAUUUGGUCAAUGCUUUGGUUGAGGAUGUGCUAAAUAUGGCCGCACUUGUUCCAAGAGUUGCGGACUGUGAAGACGGACAAGAGAUGCUUUCGGAGCAAGCGGAACCAAGUAAGGACGAGGAAUCAGAGGGAGCACAGACGGGGAAUUUGACUAGUCAAAACGGGUAUCGGGAUUUGAUGGGCGAAUUCGUCGAGUCAGAGCAGCAUCGCCAUGAGUUCUUGAACCGAGUGCCACUCGCCUGUGAUAAGGCUGUAAAGUUCAAACACUCGCUGGAGCGAUAUGCGUACCUGUGGAAUGAUGAUCGGGCCGAGUUCAUGAGGUGCUUCCUCACCUAUGGGCGGGUCAUUUCGGCCGAGGAAAUGGACGCAGUGGGUAUUGAAAACAUCGAGGAGUGUGCCCCUUCACUUGAUCAAUUCAAGCAGCAGAUCGACCUGUUCGAAUCACUAUACAAAGAAAUCGACUGCCUGGAAAACUCUUUGGCGGUGUUUGACGGGUGGCUUCGAGUGGACGCGAGGCCGUUCAAGCAGGCGCUAUUGAACACAUGUGGCAAGUGGGGAUAUAUGUUCAAGGAGCACCUGGUCAAAUACGUGACCAACAGUCUGAGUGAGCUGGCCAAGACGAUCAAGGAUGCGAAUAAUGGACUGGUGAAGCCUAUUGAUGACUACAGUGCACUGGUUGAAUGUAUGGCCCACCUUGGAAGAAUAAAGGAGAGACAGGCCACCACAGACCAGAUGUUCGAGCCCAUCAAGUCCACCAUCGAGCUCCUCAAGAGUUACCACGUAGAGGUCAAUGAUGACGUAUACCUCCAGCUUCAGGAACUACCAGAGCAGUGGGAACACACGAAGAAAGUGGCAGUGGCUGUGAAGCAGAACGUGGCGCCUAUGCAGGCGGAUGAGGUGGCCAGAAUCAGGAAGAGGUGUUCCCAGUUCGAGGCAGAACAGCUCGAGUUCAAGGAGAAGACGUUCAAAGUUCAAGCCCCCUUCAAGUACAAUUCCAUUGAUCCCUAUUCCCAACUGGACCAACAAAACGAAAAGUUGUGUGAGUUGGAGUGUCGAUUGGAGGACAUAGUGAAGGCGGCGGAUCUGUUUGAAGUGGCAGUGCCCGAGUUCAAACACCUCAAACAGUGUCGCAAGGAGGUGAAGAUGCUCAAGAGUCUGUGGGACCUGACCUACCUCAUCACUUCCACAUUCGAGUCAUGGAUGACAUCCAAGUGGACAGCGAUAGACGUGGCGGCAAUGGACCAGGAGUGUGGGCGCUUCUCGCAAAAUGUGCGACUGAUGGACAAGGAGAUGAAGACGUGGGACGCGUACUUGGGAAUUGAGAAGGAGGUGAAGAACCUCAUCACGUCUCUGAGAUCUGUGGCCGAGUUGAGGAGUGGAUCCAUCCGGGACAGACACUGGAACGAAUUGAUGAUGGCCACCGGGGUGAAGAUCAUGAUGAGUGACGACACCAAAUUGGCUGAUCUCCUCGCACUCAAUCUGCACAACUAUGAGGACGAGGUCAAGAACAUUGUCGACAAGGCUGAGAAAGAAGGUGGCAUGGAGAAGGUUUUACGAGACCUGGAGGUGACUUGGGCAGCAAUGGAGGUGCGCUAUGAGACGCAUGCCCGUACAGGGGUGCCGCAGCUGAGGGCGGAUGAGGAGUUGAUUGAACUGCUGGAGGACAACCAGGUGCAGUUGCAGAACAUGAUGUCCUCCCGCUUCAUAGCACACUUUCUUGAGGAGGUAUCGACGUGGCAGAAGAAGCUAUCUACUGCAGAUGCUGUCAUUCAGAUCUGGCUGGAAGUGCAGCGGAACUGGUCCCACCUGGAGAGUAUCUUCAUAGGCUCUGAGGACAUAAGACGACAGCUGCCACAUGACGCAUCCAGGUUUGACAGCAUCGACAGUGACUUCAAGAUGCUGAUGGAGGAGGCGAAGGAGACGCCGAAUGUGAUCGAAGCGACUAACAAGGGUGGCUGGUACGAGAGACUGGAGGCCCUUCAAGCUCAACUGUCUCUGUGUGAGAAGGCUCUGGCAGAAUAUCUGGAGACGAAGAGGCUCGCCUUUCCCAGAUUCUACUUUGUGUCCAGUGCAGACCUGCUGGACAUACUCUCAAAUGGCAACAGCCCCGCCACCGUGUGUCGCCAUCUGAGUAAACUGUUCGACAGCCUGGCUAGACUAGACUUCAAGCAGGAGGAUGGGGAUGGCAAUGGGAAUGAGGAGUGUUCUAAGGAUGCAGUUAGUGGCGAUGGGAACGAGAAAGAGGGUGUUAGUGGAGGGAAGGAGUGCAAAGUAGCAGUUCGGAUGGGGUCCAAAGAUGGAGAGUCAGUGGAUCUGGACGAAGCGUGUGAGUGUGAUGGACAGGUGGAACAGUGGCUGAACAGUGUGGAGUUGCGCAUGCAGCAGUCUGUGAGGGCCAAGAUCACAGAGGCAGUGAUAGCCUACGAGGAGAAGAGUCGCGAGGUGUGGAUCUUUGACUGGCCAGCUCAGCCUGCGCUCACCACUACCCAGAUAUGGUGGACCACCGAGGUGGGGAUUGCGUUCGGGCGCUUGGAAGAGGGAUAUGAGAAUGCUCUGAAGGAUUACAACAAGAAGCAAAUUGGGCAACUUCGCGCUCUGAUUGAAGCACUCAUUUCGAAUCUAACUAAAGGAGACCGACAGAAGAUCAUGACUAUCUGCACGAUUGAUGUGCACGCCAGAGAUGUUGUGCAAAAGCUCAUAGUGAACAAGAUCGACAGUGCCCAGGCGUUCACGUGGCUAUCUCAAUUGCGCCACCGAUUCGAUGACGAAGAGAAACACUGCUUUGCAAACAUAUGCGAUGCUGAGUUUCGCUACUGGUACGAGUACCUGGGAAACACUCCCCGAUUAGUUAUAACUCCCCUGACUGACAGGUGUUACAUCACCCUCACACAAUCACUUCACCUGCACAUGGGGGGAGGUCCAGCGGGACCCGCUGGAACGGGUAAGACGGAAACAACCAAAGACUUAGGACGAGCAUUGGGAAUCAUGGUGUACGUGUUCAACUGCUCAGAGCAGAUGGACUACAAGUCAUGUGGUAACAUUUACAAGGGACUGGCUCAGACUGGCGCAUGGGGCUGUUUCGACGAGUUCAACCGCAUCUCAGUCGAGGUACUGUCAGUUGUGGCUGUCCAAGUGAAGUCUGUUUUGGAUGCGGUCAAAGACAAGAGAUCUAGGUUCGAUUUCAUGUCGGAGGAAAUCAGACUGAAGCGGUCGGUGGGAAUGUUCAUUACCAUGAACCCAGGCUACGCAGGCAGGACUGAACUGCCGGAGAAUCUGAAGGCACUUUUCAGGCCUUGUGCAAUGGUCGUCCCUGAUUUUGCUUUGAUCGCUGAAAUUAUGCUGGUAGCUGAAGCCUUUACGGAAGCUAAAGUUCUGGCCCAAAAAUUCAUCACUUUGUAUGAGCUCUGCAAAGAAUUGCUGUCCAAGCAAGACCACUACGACUGGGGAUUGAGAGCAAUCAAAUCUGUGCUGGUGGUGGCUGGAUCCCUCCGAAGAACUGAUCCCAACCUACCAGAAGACCAGGUCCUUAUGAGAGCUCUUAGGGACUUCAACAUUCCAAAGAUCAUUUCCGAUGACCUUUACAUUUUCCACGGGCUCAUCACGGAUCUGUUUCCCUCCAUGAAUGUGCCUCGGAAAAGGAAUGAGGCUUUUGAGGCGAUUGUCAAGAAGACAGCGGCUGAUCUAUCCCUCCAGCCCGAGGAAGCCUUUAUCAUGAAGGUCGUUCAACUUCAGGAGCUGAUUGAUGUCAGACAUUCAGUGUUUAUUCUCGGAAAUGCGGGAACAGGAAAGUCACAGGUGCUGAAGACGCUGUUCAACACGUACAAGCAGGACAAGAAGAAGCCCACUUGGUGUGAUCUGAACCCCAAGGCUGUUUCGAAUGACGAGUUGUUUGGGUUUGUAGUCCAGGCGACCAGAGAGUGGCGAGACGGUCUCUUCUCAGUGCUGAUGCGGGACAUGGCAAACAUGAGUGGGGAGGCGCCCAAAUGGAUUGUACUGGACGGCGACAUUGAUCCAAUGUGGAUUGAGUCGCUCAACACAGUCAUGGAUGACAACAAAGUGUUGACUCUUGCAUCCAACGAACGAAUUCCCCUGAGCCCUUCAAUGAGGUUGAUCUUCGAGAUAUCGCACCUGAAGACAGCGACCCCUGCUACUGUAUCCAGGGCUGGCAUCCUCUACCUCAACGCCAGUGACAUCGGAUGGUCCCCUAUGGUGCAGAGUUGGAUCGACUCCCGUGAGAUACAGAGCGAAAGGGCCAAUCUUACCAUCCUGUUUGAUAAGUAUGUGCCGCCUUGCUUGGACGUUCUCCGGACAAGAUUCAAGAAGGUUACUCCGAUUACAGACACAUCACACAUUCAGAUGUUGUGCAACCUGCUAGAAUGUCUGCUUACACCAAAAACCACUCCACCAGAUUGUCCCAAGGAACUCUAUGAGCUCUACUUUGCAUUCGCAUGUGUUUGGGCAUUUGGAGCCCAGAUGUUUCAGGACCAGCUGAUUGACUACCGCAUCGAGUUCACGAAAUGGUGGAACACGGAGUUCAAGUCCAUCAAGUUCCCCUCAAGUGGCACAGUGUUCGACUACUUCAUCGACAACGACUCCUACCGCAAGAUGGCGGACGCUAUGAGUCAACAGAACACCUCGGGCGGAACAAUAACAGCAGGCGGGUCUGGCGGAACAGCGGGGACGGCGGCUGCAACGGGCGGCACCGAGAAGGAGGGCGGUGGCAAAAAGGAAGAUAAGCUGCCGAAAUUUGAACCUUGGACCAAAAGAAUUCCCGCUUUCAACAUGCCGAUAGAUACCCCUUUGCAAGCUGUGCUGGUGAACACGGCAGAGACAGUGCGGGUGCGUUACUUCAUGGACAUGUUGAUGAGUAAUGCUCGACCAGUGAUGUUGGUGGGAACCUCUGGCUGUGGAAAGACAGUGAUGAUGAACAACAAACUGGAGAGUCUGAACUCUGAUGACUAUGUUAUUGCUAAUGUCCCAUUCAACUUCUACACUACCUCUGAGAUGCUUCAGACGAUUCUGGAGAAACCCCUCGAGAAAAAGGCGGGCAAGAGUUAUGGUCCCCCUGGGAACAAACGGUUGGUCUACUUUAUUGACGACAUGAACAUGCCCGAAGUGGACAAGUACUUCACUGUACAACCCCACACCCUCCUUCGACAGCACCUUGACUACGGACACUGGUAUGACAGAGCGAAGUUGUCACAGAAGGAGAUCCGAAAAGUGCAGUAUGUUUCUUGCAUGAACCCCACAGCCGGUAGUUUCACCAUCAACCCCCGCCUGCAGCGACACUUCAGUGUGUUCGCGAUCAGCUUCCCCACCCAGGAAGCUCUGACCACCAUCUACAGCAGCAUCCUCUCCCACCACCUGCACUCGCAACAGGCCACUCCCAAUGUGACCAAACUGGCCCCCAUUCUAGUCAACAGCAGCCUCAACCUCCAUACCAGAGUCACCAGCUGCUUCCUCCCCACAGCUCUAAAGUUCCACUACGUCUUCAACCUCAGAGACCUAUCCAACAUAUUCCAGGGCAUUCUGUUCUCGACGAAAGAGAGCGUGCGGAGUUCGCAGGAGUUCGUGCGUCUUUGGAUGCACGAGUGCAGGAGAGUGUACAGGGACAAGUUGGUGGACACGAAGGACCUCAAUACUUACGAGCGAGUGGAGAACGAGAUACUCAAUAAAGCAUUCGAGAAAGGGGGAGAAAACCAGGAUAACCUGCCGCGAGAUCUCAACUUGGAGGAGCUUAAAGUGACGCCCCUAAUUUACUCCCACUUCGCACAUGGUCUAGGAGAGACCCAGUAUUUACGCAUAGAGAGCUGGGAUGCUCUCAACAGGAUAUUGUCGGAGGCCCUGGUCAAUUACAACGAAGUGAACGCUGUAAUGAAUCUGGUUCUUUUCGAAGAUGCUAUGCAGCACGUGUAGUACUUUGCUUCUCUCCUGUCGGCAAGAUGUUGCGAGUGAGGGCGCGAAGGUUUCCGGCGGUUGUGAACUGCACGUGUAUCAACUGGUUCCACGAGUGGCCACAGGAGGCACUCAUCAGCGUGAGCUCCAUUUUCCUACAGGAGGUUGAACUCUUGACCCCUGAACUGCGGGAGAGUGUGUCCAGAUUCAUGGCCUAUGUCCACACCAGCGUCAACAACAUGAGCCAAGUAUAUCUAGAGAACGAAAAACGUUACAAUUACACGACUCCGAAGAGCUUUCUGGAGCUGAUCAAACUGUAUCGCUCGUUGCUUGAGAGAAAACACGCGGAGCUGCUGGGGAAGAUGGAGAGGCUGGAGAAUGGACUGCUGAAGUUGCAGAGCACUGCUAGUCAGGUGGACGCACUGAAGGAGAAGCUGGCAUUGCAGGAGAUACAGCUGGCUCAGAAGAACGACGACGCAGACAAACUCAUUCUCAAGGUGGGUGCGGAGUCGGACAAAGUGGCGAAGGAAAAGGCGAUUGCGGACGAGGAGGGGCGCAAGGUGACGGCUAUUAACGACGAAGUUUCUGCCAAACAGGCCGCCUGUGAGACAGAUCUGAAGAGGGCUGAACCAGCACUCGCAGCUGCCGAAGCAGCACUCAACAUACUUGACAAGACCAACUUGACGGAGCUGAAGUCGUUUGGAUCUCCGCCUGCUGCUGUGACGAAUGUGACAGCGGGUGUGAUGGUGUUGGUCAUCGGUGGUCAAUCCGGAAAAGUACCCAAGGACAGGUCCUGGAAGGCGGCUAAGUCAAUGAUGGCAAAAGUGGAUGAAUUCUUGAACAAUCUCAAGAACUAUGACAAGGACCACAUCCACGAGAAUGCCAUCAAGGCCAUGCAAGACUACAUGAACAACGACGAGUUCAAUCCAGAAAUCAUUGGCAAGAAGUCGUUUGCCGCCGCCGGGCUCUGCUCGUGGGCCAUCAACAUAGUCAAAUACUACGAAGUCUUUUGCGAUGUGUUACCGAAGAGAAUGGCCCUUGAAGAUGCGAACCGGGAGCUGAACAAUGCCAAGGAGAAACUCUCUGGAAUCCAGGCAAAGAUUGCGGGCUUGGAGGCUCAGUUGAAUGGACUGUUGGCAGAACUGCAAGCGGCCACGGAUGAGAAGACUGCCUGUCAGGAGGAGAAAGACCGGACGAAUUUGACUAUCGAACUGGCUAAUCGGCUGGUGGGGGGACUGAGUAGUGAAAAGCACAGGUGGACAGACAGCAUUGCUCUGUUCAGGGAGCUGGAGAAACAGUUGCCAGGGGACGUCCUCCUCAUUUCCGCAUUUGUGUCAUACGCGGGUGCAUUCGACAAGAAGUACCGGGUGGAUCUUGAACAGAACAUAUGGAUUCCUUACGUCUCCCAAUUAGAGGUUGCCAUUCCUAUCACGGAGGGCGUGGAUCCCCUGUCGAUGCUGACAGACAAUGCGCAGAUAGCUGAAUGGCAGAACGAGGGUCUGCCGAGUGACCGGAUGUCUACGGAGAAUGCGACUAUUCUGACGAACUGCGAGAGGUGGCCCCUCAUGAUCGACCCUCAGUUGCAAGGAAUCAAGUGGAUCAAGCGAAGAUACGGAGACAACAUCCAGAUUAUUAGACUGGAUCAAAAAGGUUACAUGGAUAGACUAGAGCAGAGUCUGGGCCUGGGGGAGACCGUGCUGAUUGAGAACCUUGAGGAGGACAUAGAUCCAGUGCUUGAACCCGUUCUGGGCAGGAACACGAUCAAGAAGGGCAAGGCGAUCAAACUCGGCGACAAGGAGAUCGACUACGACUCCAACUUCAAACUCAUUCUCCACACCAAACUGGCAAAUCCACACUAUAAGCCAGAGAUGCAGGCCCAGACCACCCUUAUCAACUUCACUGUCACCAAGGCCGGACUUGAGGACCAGCUGUUAGCAGCCGUGGUCAGCAAAGAGCGUCCAGACCUCGAGCAGACUAGGUCCGAUCUGACAAAACAGAACAACGAAUACACGAUCACUCUGAAGCAGCUGGAAGACAAUUUAUUAGCACGACUGUCUGCCGCGGGAGGUAACUUUUUGGGAGAUACUGCUCUGGUGGAGAACCUGGAACACACCAAGAAGACAGCGGCAGAGAUAGAGGAAAAAGUGGCAGAGGCCAAGGUCACAGAGGUGAUGAUCAAUAGUGCUCGCGAGGACUACAGACACGCGGCAGCCAGAGCCUCCCUUCUCUACUUCAUCCUCAACGAUCUGUACAAGAUCAACCCCAUUUACCAGUUCAGCCUCAAGGCUUUUAGUGUCGUGUUUGAUAUGGCCAUCAAGAGGGCGCUGCCUGCCAAUGCAGGUGCCAAUACUCCGGAGGACUCCAUCAAAGAGAGAGUGCGCAACCUUAUUGACCAGAUCACAUACCAAGUCAUCCUCUACACUACUCGGGGCCUAUUUGAGAAAGACAAAUUCAUCUUCAAAGUGCAAGUGGCCUUCCAAGUUCUGCUGCACUCUGGCGAGAUCCAAAAAGACGAACUGGAUUUUCUUCUCAAGUUUCCCACCUCUCUCGACUUCAAGAGCCCCGUUGAUUUCCUCAACGACGCCUCCUGGGGAGCAAUUAAGAGUCUGGCUGAGAUGGAUGAGUUCAAGAAUCUGGAUCGAGAUAUCGAGGGCAGUGGCAAGCGGUGGAAGAAAUUUGUGGAGAGCGAAUACAUCGAGUUGGAGAAGUUUCCCCAGGAGUGGAAGAGCAAGACGGCCUUGCAACGUCUCUGCAUGCUGCGAGCACUGCGCCCUGACCGAAUGAUUUACGCCAUAGAGAUUUUCAUAGAGGAGAAGUUGGGUGAGAAGUACAAGGAAAACCGUCGGGUGACAUUCUCGGAGUCGUUCGAGGAGACGGGACCCAAUAUCCCUGUGUUUUUCAUUUUAUCUCCUGGAGUGGAUCCACUGCUAGAGGUGGAAUCUCUGGGCAAGAAACUCGGCUUCACCCACCAGAACGCGAAGUUUCAUAACAUCUCUCUCGGACAAGGACAAGACGUGGUGGCCAACGCCGCACUGGAUAUUGCUGCCGAGCACGGACACUGGGUGGUGCUGCAGAACAUCCACUUGGUGGCCGGCUGGCUUGGAGCGCUAGAAAAGAAGCUGAACGAGAUCGCGGAGAGUGGCCUGGCUCACGAGGACUACCGAGUAUUCAUGAGUGCAGAGCCGGCAGCCACACCACAGGCACACGUAAUUCCCCAGGGAGUGCUGGAGAACAGCAUCAAGAUCACCAAUGAGCCACCCACCAAAAUCAGCGCCAAUCUACAUAAGGCCCUUGACAAUUUCUCCCAGGAAACACUGGAAAUGUGUUCCAAGGAGGCCGAGUUCAAGAGUAUUCUGUUCUCGCUGUGUUACUUCCACGCAGUGGUGGCAGAGAGACGCAAAUUUGGACCCCAGGGCUGGAAUAGGGUUUACCCAUUUAACACAGGCGACCUGACAAUCUCCGCAAUGGUUUUGUUCAACUACCUCGAAGCAAAUAAUAAGCUUGACGGUGAGCUGAACCUGGCUCCCCAAUUCCCUGUACCUGGUAACACGGAUUACAAAGGAUAUCACGCGUACAUUGACGAGACACUUCCACAGGAGAGCCCGGCCCUAUACGGUUUGCACCUGAACGCCGAGAUCGGAUUCCUCACUACACUGAGUGACAGUCUGUUCCGAGUAGUGCAUGACUUGCAGCCGAGAGACUCGGCCGGAACGAGCCAGAGUGGUUCGACUCGGGAGGAAGCGGUGGAAGGGACCGUGGAAGAGCUGACAGAGAAACUGCCGGACCCGUUCAACAUGGCCGAGUUGCAGCAAAAAGAGGAAAUCAAGACACCAUACACAGUUGUAUGUCUGCAGGAGUGCGAGAGGAUGAACUCACUCACUCAAGAGAUCCGCAGGUCAUUGACUGAGCUGCAGCUGGGACUGAAGGGAGAACUGACAAUAACGAGUGCCAUGGACGACCUCAGCACUUCCCUCUUUCUCGACAAGGUGCCUCUUACUUGGCUCAGGUAUCCCACAACAUACAGCUUGGGCUCGUGGUUCUCAGAUCUCAUGAUGCGAGUGAAAGAACUCGAAACCUGGACCACCGACUUCGGGCUACCCAACAGUGUGUGGCUGGGGGGCUUGUUCAACCCACAAGCCUUUCUAACGGCUAUCAUGCAGCAGACGGCGCGCAAGAACGAGUGGCCGCUGGAUAAGAUGGUACUGAACUGUGACGUGACUAAGAAGAGUCGGGAUGACUUUGGGGCCCCACCCAGAGAGGGCUCCUACAUCAGUGGUCUGUAUAUGGAAGGUGCCAGAUGGGACAUCCAGACUGGCUGCAUCGCAGAAGCCAGGAUGAAAGAACUCACUCCACAGAUGCCUGUCGUGUACCUGAAAGAUGGAUUCUUGGUGGUGUUGCAAUUCUACUCAGUACCUGAUGAGGGCACUAACUUCUAAAACUACUUGUGUCCUGCUGCCUAUCAGGAGUGGAAUCAAUCGGAUCAAAGAAAGAAAAAUCUAAUUAUCUUCAUGCGAUCAUAUUUUAUCAAGGGGUGCGGAGAACUUUGGUUCUUGAUGAUUUUAAACUCUAAAAUUUACAACCCAUUCAAAAAAACAAGGGUACCCCAGUGUUUUAGGUGUGCAAAUCUUUUGUAAGAUCUGCAUUCACAGUUCACUAGAGUAGCAUUUGAGAUAACACCUGUUUGUGAAUGAGAA